GUGGAGCUGGUGUUAAUACCAGGAGACACUAUGCACUUGGCUGAAGUGAUCCUUUAUUGGGCGUGACCAUUACAGUUUGACAUUAAAAAGCCACAGCACCAAAAUCAUGGACGAUGAUAAUAAUUCUCCUGCUCGGUUCACUGAUGACACAGCAGUGUCCAUUGUGUCUGUAAAAGGCCUGAAGGACAACUGGCAGAAGUGGUCUGAUAAUCACCAGGAACACCAGAAGCAUAACCCCUUCAGUCACGACAGCAGAUCCAUGGCAGUGGUCCCUCAGAGGGGACAGGACGACUACGGGAGGCCCCUGCAAGGCUCGUUGACUGCACGGCGCGGGGAGGAUGCUCACACACACAUCAGCAGGGAGGUUGAGGAGCUGUGUGAAGUUAUACAAGAGAUUGGGGAGCAGAGAUACAAAGACAUACGUGGCAGAGUGAUCACUGUAACAUUUGGCAAGCUGUUUGAGCAUUACGUGACUAUCUCCAACAAACUGGUGGGGAUUCUUCUCCGAGCCCGAAAGCAGAAGCUGGUUGACUUUGAGGGUGAAAUGCUGUGGCAAGGGAAGGAUGAUGAUGCUGUGAUUACUCUGUUGCAAUGAUCAACAAUGUACGAUUUGUUGUAACCACAUAUUCAGGCUAGAUUAGGUAAUGUCAUUUAAGGUAGCAUAUGUCAAACUUUUAUUUAGCAAAGAAACAUAGCAUAUUAUGCAACGCCAAAUAUUGAUGUAUAUUAAACCAGUGGUGCCCAACCACCGGUCCGGGGACCGGUACCGGUCUGUUACGCAUUUGCUACCAGGCCACAGAGAAACAUUAAAUCAUUUAUAAAUGACUGCAUUUUCUCCGACUUAACUUUCGCCUGUCCCA